UGUACCGAUACCAAUCCUGCGCGUGUCCGACGUGUGCCAAGGCAAUCUGACGCCCCAACCGACGCGCCGCAAUUUCCUGAGAGCAACGCCAGAUUCAAUCUUCCGCCCUGCCUUUGAUCUCAGGGCGACUUUUCCUCCGCCCUGCCCUUCGUACCAUGACCCGAUCCUCUGCCCACGAUGUUCUACAAUCACGAGUUCCUCAAUCGUCGUCGUGGGGGUCUGGGAAUAGUAUGGCUUGUAGCUACGCUCGGCAGUCGCACAAACUUACGCAAAGUCACGAGGAAAGAGUUGGAAAAGGUGAACAUUGUCAAAGCUUGUGCAUCUGUCAUCGCUCCACCAGAGCCAGUAGCCCUUCGCUUAAGCGCACAGCUGAUGUAUGGAGUCAUUCGGGUCUACUCUCAGAAGUCCGAACAGCUACUGGCAGAUGUCACUGCAAUGCACACUACGGUUCGCAAGUCACUGUCAGCCAUCAGCGUCGCCAUCGUUGUUGGAGGCGGGGACGUCGACAUGCCCGCCGUCUCUCACCGACAUGCAGAAGCAUUGACUCUGCCUGACAAUCCUGCACCAUACGCUGGAGAUUUCGAUCAGCCUUUCGCAUGGGAUUGGGAACUCAACUUGGACAGCCAUGGUGAGGGAAUCUCGAUGAGUGGUAUCUCUAGCGGGGCUCGUCUACCUGCCAGCCCUUCUCCCACCCCGGCUCGGGACCGCUUCACCGCUGCGAAAGAAAAGAUUACUCUGCCUUCUCACAGGACUGAUCAGGGCCUCUUUGGCGACAUCGAAGAGGGACGAGGAGGACAGCUCGGCGAGUCUCUCGAUAUGAACAUGAUGGAUUUUGCCGGAGAUGAUGGAAUGGCUCUCGAUCUUGGUCUGGGCGAUGGACUUGACAUUCCUACGAUCGACGAGACGGCGACCCAUCACUUUGCCGUUGGCGACCUCUCCUCUAGUGUCAAUGGUGCUGAGCCCGUUUGGGGCGACCCUCAACCCGAUAGCCACGAUGCAUUGGAUGACCUGCAGCUUGGCCUUGAUACUGCCACUGGUGUCAUUACGGCCCCAGCACCACCACAGGAAGCCCAGGACAUCGAGAGUUCAUUGGAGAGCUUUCUGCUCGGACCUCCAAUGCCAGCUGCACCCGCGACUAGGAGGAAGACUGUUUCGUUCAGCCUUGAAGAUCCGCGUAUCGAGGUUAGAGUCUAAUGCACAGCCUACGCGUGUCACAACACACUUACUCAAUCCUUUUCGUGUCCCUCAUGCCGCCAGCUCACGGGAGACGAGGUUCGAGCCCUGCCUCAGCUUUACAUUCAGCGCAUGGAGCAAGAGCAAGCAGAGCGAGGUGCGCGGGAAUACGCUAAGCAAGCAGAAAAUCUCGUUAGACAGCAAUUGUUGUUCGGUCCG